AUGGUGAUAGUCAUUGGCGUGGUGGAAGUAGUUGGAGUAGUUGGUGUUGAGGUGGUCGUUGGCAUGGUGGUAGUAGUUGCAGUAGUUGUAGUAGUAGGCGUUGAGGAAGAAGUUGUUGGUGUAGAAGUAGUUGUCAUUGUGGUAGAAGUCGUCGGUGUGAUAGUAGUUGUCGUUGUUGAGGAGAUCGUUGGCAUGGCGGUUGCAGGUUUAGUGGUUGUAGUAGCAGGUUUUGUGGAAGAAAUUGUUGGUGUAGUUGCAGUUGCCGUUGUGCUAGAAUUCGUUGGUGUAGUAGUAGUUGAUGUUUUUGAGGUGGUCGUUGGCAUAGUGGUAGCCCCUGAAGUGCUGGCAGUUGCUGAGUUGUUAGUUGUCGUUGAUAAGUUGGAGAUUGUUGGUGUGGUUGUUCCCAUUGCAGUAGUCUGUGUUGUGGUGGUGGCAGUUGCUCGUGAAGUGGCCGUAGUCGGUUUGGUGACAGUCGCUGUUGUUGAAAUCUUUGGUUUGGGAGUAGUCACUGUCGUUGGUGAUGAAGUCGUGGGGAUAGUGGUUAUUGAUAUAGUUGUAGGCAUUUCAGGGGUAGUAUUGUUUGCUUUUGUGGUUGGUGUCUUUAAUGUAGUGGCAGCCAUAAGAGUGAUGGUGCUACCUGCUCCUGUGGUUGCUGUGGUUGUUGUGGCAGUCAUUGCAGUGGUGGUAAUAGUCGGCGUGAUGGUAGCAGUUGGUGCGGUGGUAGAAGUUGAUGGCGCGGAAGUUUUAGAUGAUUUCGUGGUAGAAUUAAUUGCUGUAGUUGGCCAUGGUGUAGAGGCAGUCAUAGUUGAGGUGGCACUCAUUUGUGAAGUUAAAGAUGAUGUAUUGGUGGCACCAGUUUCUUUUGUAGUUAAGAUAGUUCGUGUGGUGAUUGUCAUCAAUGUUGCUGUAGUCGUUGGAGCUGCAGUAGCACUUGUUUUUGUGACUGGAGCAAUCGGUGUACUUAUUGUAGUUCCAGUAGUGGUCAUUGGUGUGGUAGUUGUCAUUGUUGCAGUAGUCGUGGGCGCCAUGGUAUUCGUUGUACUUGAUGAUCUCGUGGUAAUCUUCGUUGUUGUCGUCGGUGGUAUCUGCACGCAUUGGUUCCGAAAGCACUGGAAUCCUUCAGGGCAAGCGAUGCAGCUAUUUCCCUGCUCGUAA